AUGGGACGGGCGGAAGAAUCCAACCAGCACGAAAGAACACAACUUGCCGAUAAGUUGAAUCACCAGGCAGAGCUUUCCUGUGUCCGGUGUCGCGCAAGGAAAAUCCGCUGUGGGCGUGAGAAAGAGGAGUGCGCCAACUGCCAACGCGAUGGGGUAAAAUGUGAAUAUACCACGCCUGCGAAACGCGUCAACCAUGUCAAGUUAUUAUGCAACAGCAUGGCCAAGAUCGAGGAACGGCUGGGUGAUAUUGAAGACAGCCUAUCGGCGCUGGCUGCGAGACUUACACACGACGAUCACGAAAAAGAAUAUCCUGCUGAAAGCGCUAUUCCUUCUGGUUUCCACCAGCUGCAAUCUGAUACCAGCGAGGAAAGUGGUGGAUCUGUCUCGGACUUGUUACAACAUUGUAUCUUUCGCCACCACGAGUCUCAGAUCGAUCGGUAUUAUGGGCCUGGGGCAUUGCCGACUUUAUGCAGGGAAUUCCAGGCAACUGUUAGCGCUCCACCCGCAUCCUCCGCCUCGAGCAGCGCCAGUGAGACGCUGGAGCAGCAUAUGGGCCGCCUUAUACAGGACGCUGGCGAUCAAGGGGCCUGUCUGCGCAGGAGCACAGGACAAGUGCCUCUGCGGCUGCCGGCGAAGCAGCUAUUCCUGCUCGUACAGUCUCAGUUCUUCCAGCGCUGCCGCUGGGCAACGAGUAUCUUCGCAGCAGGCUUGUUUCGUGCUCGUGUGGAGAAACUAUAUACACAGCCUCUCACGAUUGACGACACGCCCUGGGUACUCAGUUUACAUCUGAUCACUCUCCUAGUCUUAGGUCUUGAGCAAGAAGAGCCCCCUCGGCAGCUGGACGCCGAAAUCCACAUCUCAAACAUUUUCGACUGGGGUGUUUCGUGGUCAGAAAGGACUAGUCUGAUGGUGCCUCGCCUGAUCGAUGUGCAAACACUAGCUUUGCUGAGCAGGUAUGGACAACAGUUUCUGCCGCUUCCGGUGGCCGAGUCUAUCCACACCCAGGCGUGCAUUCGGGCGAAGGCCAUUGGUCUCCACUGCGUAGGUCCUGAGGGAGGAAUGGAUGCUUUCUCGCCAGAAGAGGCCGAGGAACGCCUUCAUCUUUAUCGUCAUCUACGCUCUCAGGAUAUACGUUUUGCUAUCCUCCGCGGCUCCACCCCGUGGCUUCUGGGCCAUCACUGGCCCUCCCUCGGAUCGUCCGUCGAUCUCGGUCAAAUUCAGGAGCAACUACAUCAUAUCACUUCCACCAAUGUAGCCACCACGAAGAGGCAACAAGUGCUUGCAGACCUCCUGAGGCAGCUGGACCAAUGGGCCCUAGAGUACCAAAUCGUUGCAUCUGGUCCGCGCGACCGAAGAAACCCCAACGUCAGGUCCCUGAGGCAGGAAAUUCUUGCUACCCGCAUCGCGAUCCUGGUUUCCCUAAACACGCCGGACUCUCUUCAAAAGGCGAUCUUUGAUGCGCGGAUUGCCUGCGCGAUGUUGUUGAGGUCGUUCUCGGCUGGCGCUCCCGUCUCAUGCGAGCAAUUGGCGCCCCCAGCGUCCCACCCGAUCCUCAACCUUGGCGGGGAGGACUCCUGUCAAGCUCUCUAUUCUGAUCCGCAAGUCGACGAGGAAGAUUACCUAUCCCCUCUUCUGAGGCAGGAUGCGCUGGAGAUGUUCUCCAUUCGCGCAUUCUUUGUCAUUGCAGCAGCCCUCACGGAGCCCACAUCAGCAUCGCUCCAGACAGACCUUGAUCUAUUACGGGGUGUCUCUUUGCUCUAUUCUUCCGUAGGACGACGAAUGCCGGUUGGAAAUCACCUUCUCAAGCUUGGUCGGGUGUUCGAGUCGGUUCUCGAAAUCAUUCACGAGCGCCGCCGACAGGACCCUCCAGACCAAAGCGAGAUCCACGGCGACCCCCACGAGGAUCAUGCCAUGCGGGUCACCGUGUCACCCUCAUUGGAUGUCAUUGAAGGCCUGCCAAAUGGGCUGGAGUUCCAGAGCCCAGACCCUGCUUACCCUACGACACUCCCGUCUAGCUCGUUCAAUCCGGAUGCCUUGUCCUCGAUGCCUGUAUGGUUCCUCGGCUCCAUGGUUGAAGACGAGACACCCUUCUUUGAAGCGGCAAUGCUGCAUAAUCAACCAGGUCACCAGCCAAGGCCAGAACAACGCCCUGCAGCGCCUGGAUCGCCGAGCCACGACUUGGGGCCGGAAUUGGCGGCGUCAUCUCUGCCUAAAACAUUACACUUUGAACUGCCAGCAGAUGUGGGUUAUGGAAUGUCAAUGCCCGAGUAA